AUGGGCGAGUCGCGGCAAGAGCUUGUAUCAUGGCUGAACAGCCUUCUCCAACUCAACAUCACCAAGGUUGAGCAAUGCGGCACUGGUGCGGCGCUCUGCCAGGUCUUCGACAGCAUCUAUAUGGAUGUCCCCAUGUCUCGAGUGAAGUUCAACGUGAACUCCGAGUACGCCUAUGUUCAGAACUUCAAAGUCCUCCAGAACACGUUUACCAAACAUCAAAUUGACAAGCCUAUCCCUGUCGAGGCUCUCAUCAAGUGCAAGAUGCAGGACAAUCUUGAGUUCCUCCAGUGGACGAAGAGAUUUUGGGAUCUCAACUUCCCUGACCACGAAUACGAUGCCGUCGCCCGACGAAAAGGUGGCGGCCUUCCUCCCAGCGGCGCGCCAAGUGCUGCGCGAACUACUACUACCUCUGCCGCGAGGAGGACUGGCGGCACGCCCAGCGGUGGUCCCCGCGUCGCUCGGACAGCCGGGCCUGUCACUGCUGCUCUGCAGCAGGAGAACGCGACUCUCAAGGAGACCGUUGGGGGGCUUGAGCGCGAGCGCGACUUUUACUUCAGCAAGCUCCGAGACAUCGAGCUACUCAUUCAGCAAGCCGUCGAGGAGGAUCCCGAGCUGGAGAAGCAGGAGGAUGGUCUCAUCAAGCAGAUCCAAGCUAUUCUAUACUCGACAGAGGAGGGCUUCGAGAUUCCGGCCGAGGGCGAUGUUAUUGAUGACCAGGAGACGUUCUAG